GUCACAGGGGAAGGGAAGAGUCAGUGUCCGCCUUCGGGCGAUGCCCAAUCCGGGCGAAUCGGGCGGGUUUUUUUUUAAAGGGCAAGGGAGCGGGAUCAGCUGACUUGGCUCGCCUGCCUCUGCUCCGCUGUGGUCCUGUCGGUGGCUGAGGUCGGAGCCAGUGCUAUGGAGGAGGAGAAGGAAUCGGUGCCCCGCGGUACCUCGUCUCCGGGGUCUUGCCGAGUCCACGGGAUCUGGGCGUCUCUGCUGAGCCUUCUGCUGCUGCCGCAGCUCGAAGGGUCGCAGGUGCCCAAUGACUUCAACAUGGUACAACCAUUGGUGACUCUGGAGCAGCUCCUUUGGGUGAGUGGGAAGCGAAUUGGGAGUGUGGAUACUUUCCGAAUACCACUGAUCUCAGCUACUCCCCGAGGGACCCUUCUUGCUUUUGCAGAGGCCAGGAAGAUGUCAUCCUCAGAUAAAGGAGCUAAAUUCAUUGCCAUGCGGAGGUCCACAGAUGGAGGUGCCACAUGGUCCAUCACAUCAUUCAUAGUAGACGAUGGGGAAAUUGCUGAUGGACUGAACCUGGGCGCUGUGGUUGGGGAUGUUGAAACGGGUACAAUGUUCCUCUUCUAUUCUCUCUGUGCACACUAUGAUGGGUGUUCUGUGGCUUCCACCAUGCUGGUGUGGAGCAAGGAUGAUGGCGUCACUUGGAGCCCACCCAGAAACCUGUCUUUAGACAUUGGAACUGAAAUGUUUGCUCCAGGACCAGGCUCUGGCAUUCAGAAGCGGCACGGGCCAUAUAAGGGCCGUCUCAUUGUCUGUGGCCAUGGAACCCUGGAGCGAGAUGGGGUCUCUUGCCUCAUUAGUGAUGACAAAGGAGCAUCAUGGCGCUAUGGCGGUAGUAUCAAUGGGAUUCCCUAUGGAGAAGUCAAGAAGCCAAAUGACUUCAAUCCUGAUGAGUGCCAGCCCUAUGAACUCCCUGAUGGUUCCGUCGUAAUUAAUACCCGAAACCAGAAUAACUACCAUUGUCACUGCCGCAUCAUCCUUCGAAGCUAUGAUGGGUGUGAAACCCUCAGGCUCCAAGAUGUGACCUUUGACAAAGAACUUGUCGACCCUGUGGUAGCUGCAGGUGCUGUGGUCACCAGCUCUGGUCUGGUCUUCUUUUCCAAUCCAGCUCAUCCAGAAUAUCGCGUAAAUCUGACUAUACGCUGGAGUUUCAGCAAUGGUACCUCAUGGUGGAAAGACACGAUUCAGCUGUGGCCAGGUCCCAGUGGUUACUCAUCCUUGACAGUUCUGGAGGGAGCUCAAACUUGGGGGAAUGGGACCCCCCAGAUCUAUGUCCUGUAUGAAAAAGGCCAUAAUGAUUACUCAGAGAGUAUCUCUCUAGCCAAGAUCAGUGUCUAUGGCACUCUCUGAGCCUUACCCCACAGUGCGGGGGAGAAGAUAUGAGGGGUGCCAGGGGCACUUCAGACUUUGCCUUUUAGGACUCUGCUGAUCCAUCAUUGGAGAUUUAUGGCUCUUUCCCAAGAAGUCAUGACUUUUGGAAUAUUCGUCUUCCCUUUGAUAGGGAGAUAUCUCCUUUAAGACUUUUUGUCUUUUCUCUUCUGACAAACACUACGUUGUCCUCGUUGUCCUUUCCCGAGCCUUCCUUUCUUCAGUGAUGAUGCCCAUCUUUGCUUAGGAGAUAGGGCUCCAUUUCUCUUCCUGCUUCCUCUAGAUCCUAAUAAUAUCCCUCUUAGGGCAGUAGACUGCCCUUGCUCCUAACUCUACUGAUUUCCCACUCCCCACCCCCAUUCCUCUUCAUAGUGGGGGGUAAAUUUGCACAAACCUAAACUCAGGGACUUCUGAUUGGGAGGGGUGCUGGAAUUUAGAGUAGGAAUACAGGUUGUUGGGGGACAGUAAGAAAUUUUGGAUGAGGAAAGGACACCUUGAACUGUUUACAGAUCAGUAAGUUAAUCAGCUAAAUUAGUAGUUCUAAUGAUGGAAAAUAAGAAUUUGCCAAUGCCUAUUUAUUAAAGCUAUGGUCUCCAUCUC